UUUUAAAAAUCCAUGAGAACAUGUACAUUGGAGAAAAACAACUCAACAAAUCCAGGCUUCCCAAUUUUAGUCCAAUGGCUUCACUAGUAAUCUUUUCCCAGAAACAACAAAUCGAUAAAGUCAGCUACCCCAAUUAGUCAGUCAGUUUUGCUAUUGUAUGCUUCAACACUCUAUUCGGCAGCUGAAAAAAAGGAAAGAAGAACAAAGCAAACAGAAGUCCAAAGGAGAGGUGAGUCCUUGGUCUUGUUCCAAAGGAAACAGCGGCAUUACUCCUCUAUGAAUUCCCCUUGUGGUCCCUUUAUUCAUUAGUUUCUUCAAAGGCUGAAUUUUUUUUUGUGGGGUUCUCUUUUCUUGGGAAGUUGAAUUCUGUAGGUGAUUUUUUUUAGGGUUUAUGUUAAAUACAGAAACAAAAUCAAGAAAAGACAUGAAAAGGGUGUCCAAUGAUGACCAAAGUUUGAGUUUUGUUCAUCAGUAGGUUGGAGGGUUGUUCUGUUUCCUGUCAAGAUUCAAUUUUGAUGGUUGAUGACAAGGUUAUGGAAGACCUGAAUCAGAAGCAGGGGAGUUUUUAUGGUCAGCAAGUUUUGGUACCUUUUAUGGAAAAUGUAGUAGCUAAUGCUAGUGUGAUAAGUUCAAAGAAAAGGGGAAGACCAAAGGGUUCUAAGAAUAACAGGAGAAGUGUGGAAGAAAAUGUGGGAACUUCAGGUACAGCUAGUGUGAUGGAUGGCAGUGGACAAAGGGUUCUUAUGAAGAAGAAGAAUAGACUAGACAGGCCAAAGGGUUCCAAGAAUAGCAGGAGAAGUGGUGAAGAAGAUGGGGGAAUUUCAGGUACAGUUAGUGUGAUGGAUGGCAGUAGAGAAGGGUUUCUUAUGAAGAAGAAGAUGCGACUAGGCAGGCCGAAGGGUUACAAGAAUAACAGAAGAAGUGGUGAAGAAAAUGUGGGAAUUUCAGGUACAGUUAGCAUGAUGGAUGGAGAAGGGGUUCUUAUGAAGAAGAAGAAUAAGCGACUAGGCAGGCCGAAGGGCUCCAAGAAUAAGAAGAGAAAGGCUGGAGAAAAUGGGGAAUCACCAAGUGCAGCUGGCAUAGGCAAUGACAGUGAUGUGAUGCUUAUGAAGAAGAAGAAGAAUGUUGGACAAAGGCACAAAGGUUCUAAGAGCGAAAAGAAAAAUAUGGAACAAAACAGGGAGCAUCAGGUAAGGAGAACCAAGAAGGAAGGUGAGGAAAGGAGGAAGGAUUGUGGAGAAGAAGGGAGUAUCAAGAAGCGAGGUCGAGGAAGGCCAAAGGGUUCAAAGAGUGAGAAGAAAACUGUGACUGGUAAUGAAAUGGGGGUAGUGUUACUAAUAGAUGAUACUAGUGUUGGAAAGAGAAAUACAGAUGUUGUUGAGAAGGAAAUCUGUACAACUGGUGAUUUUGGAAUAAGCGCAAAUCAAGUUUCUGGACACAAUGAGAUUGUCAAGAAGAAAAUUGGUCGGCCCAAGGGCUCCAGGAACAAGAAGAAAGUCUUGGUAGGUCGUCUGACUGUUCCUAGUUGCAAUGGAGGUGGAAGCAAGGAUAUUGAUAGCAAUAAAGGGAAGAUUUUUAUGCCUGCAGAAAAUGCUGGGAAACUGGACGAUUUUGUUGUGGGUUACAAAAAACAUAUAGUCAAGCGAGGUCGGCCCAGGGGUUCAAAGACUAAGAAGAAAAUCACAUUAGGCUAUAUGAGUAAUGCUACUAGUGGACAUGAAGUAGAUGUUAUGUGCCAAGGCGAGAAUGAGAAAAGAAUCACAAUGGCUGGUCAAAAUGGAGUAAUUCUGAAUGAGGAACAAGGGAUGAUAGUCAAGAAGAAGGACAGGUGUGGCAGAUCCAGAGGUUCAAGGACCAAGAGCAAAGUUAUACCAGGCCAUUCGAGUGGUACUAAUACUAAUGAUGGAGACAUGGAUGCAGUCAGGAAGGAAGAUGAUGGAAAGAGAAAAUUUGUAGCUGGAGAAGGUGGGGGCAAUGGAAUAGCUACCAGUAAUGGAGAGAGGAUAUUCAAGAAGGAGAGGCGUGGCCUGCCCAAGGCCUCUAAAAGUAAGAAGAGAACUACUGGCGGUAAUUUCGCAGAUGCUAAUCUCAAUAAUAGAGAACAAGAUGUGGGUACUAUGAGGUUAAAUGUGGCUGAAAAUGGAAUGCUUUUAUCUGAAGAAAAUAAGGGAGACCUGAAUGAAGUUGCUUUGGUUUCUGCAGUUAGAGUAGUCAAGAGGAAGGGUGUCCUUGGCCGGCCAAAGGGUUCAAAGAAUAAAAAGAAAACUAUUAUAAGCAGCUCCAGUGAUGUUUAUUCUGGUCAUGGAGUUGGAGCGAUGAAUAGCAGUAAGGAAUAUGAGAAUAAAAUGGUGAGCCUGACAACUGAUCACAUGGUGGGGAUACUGAGUGAAGUUACUAUUACUAAGAUGGAUAGCUGCAGCAUGCCCCAAGGCUUGCGUAAUGAGAAUAAGAUUGUUGAAUCUGGCGAGAAUCAGCAUGCAUUUGUUGAUGCUGCUGAAGAUGGCACCAGAAAGAUGGUUAAGAAGAAGAGAUGCCGAGGAAGGGUGAAAAGUUCAGAGAAUAAGAAACAAGCUGCAGUAAGGCGAGGGAGGCCAAAGGGCUUGAAAAACAAAAGAAUGACAGGUGUAAUUGUUACUGUUACUAAUGGGGUAAAUUUGAGCAUAAAGCGAAAGAAUGGACGUGGACGACCUAAAGGCUCAAAAAAUAAGAAAUCAAAAAUUAUGAGUGAAGAAAAUAAUAAAACUGCCGGAGCAAUUAUAGUGCAUGAUGACGGAGGAGGUAGUCAAGCUGAGCAGAAAGUGAAACACUGUGGCAUGCUUCCUUUUGCCACUGAAAAUGGGGGAAUAUUAGAUGAAUCUGUUUUAUUGGAUGCUUUGGGAGGUCGGGUCAGUAAGAGGAAAGUUAGCAGCGGGAGACCAAAAGGUUCAAAGAACAAGAAAAAGGCAGUCGCUUUCAAUAUGGGGUUUCCUUGUCAAGUUAGUUGUCAGAAUGCUGUUAGUAAGAUGGUUAAGCGCAGAGGGAGGCCGAAGGGUUUAAAUGAUAAGAAGAAAAUUUCUAUCGUCUCUGAAUGCAUGGGAGAGCAGGAACUUAGUGCAAAUGCAGAAACAAGUGGACUGACAGUGCAAGGAGUAUUGGACGCUAUUACUUGGAAGGAUCAGCAGAACUUUUGGUGUCAUCAGUGCAGAAAUUAUAAAGCUUCUGUUGUUACCUGUUCAAAAUGCAGAAGGAAACGCUAUUGCAACGACUGCAUUGCAAAGUGGUAUCCAGAUAGAACAAACGACGAAGUAGAGGACACAUGUCCUUUCUGUUAUGGUAAUUGCAAUUGUGGAGCUUGCCUUCAAAAAGAUGUCUUCUUUAAGGACUGCUGCAAAGAAACUGAUGAAAAUAUGAGAUUGGAGGGUUCACUUUAUUUGCUAUUCAACAUUCUGCCCCUCCUCAGGCAUAUUCAAAAGGAGCAAAGGUUUGAGCUAGAGGUUGAAGCAAACAUUCGCGGUGUUCAGCUGACAGAAGAAGACGUCACCAUAUCAGUCGUUGAUGAUGAUGAUAGAGUGUAUUGUGAUAAUUGCAACACAUCCAUUGUCAAUUUCCAUAGAAGCUGCCCAAAUCCUGAUUGCUCAUACGAUAUCUGUGUCAAUUGUUGUCGGGAACUCAGAGAUGGUGCUCCUCUCAGCAAGUCGGUGGAAGCUAGUCGUAUCACAGCAUUGAAGGGAAACGAUGCGCCAGAUGGCUGGAAAAGUCCUGAGACCCUCCUUGCUAAUGAUUGUCCAACUCACAUGUCCUUUGAUGUUGCUGAGUGGAGAGCCAAAUCUGAUGGCAGUAUACCUUGUCCUCCUAAAGAGUGUGGUGGUUGUGGCUCUUCUUUAAUGGCUCUAAGGCGUAUCUUCAAAGCAAAUUGGGUAGACCAACUAAUUCAAAGUGCUGAGGCCUUAACAUGCAACUACCACCUUCCAGAUAUAGAUUUGUCGCAUGGGUGUUCAUUUUGUCUUGCUACCUCUUCUGUCCAAAACGGUGAUAACCACUGUCAAGUAAGACAGGCAUCUUUUAGGAACAACAGCCACGAUAAUUUUCUGUACUGUCCUAAUGCUGUUCACAUUGAUGGUAACGAGUUUGAGCAUUUUCAAAUGCAUUGGAGGGCUGGUGAACCUGUAAUAGUUAGAAAUGCACAAGCUAAUGCCUCUGGUCUUAGCUGGGAGCCAAUGGUAAUGUGGAGGGCCUUCAGAAAAGCAAGUAAAAAGCUAAAAGAGGAGCAUUUCUCUGUCAUGUCCAUUGAUUGCUUGGAUUGGUGUCAGGUUCAGAUAAAUAUUCAUCAGUUCUUCAAGGGCUACUUGGAGGGUCGCAGGCAUCACAAUGGGUGGCCAGAAAUUUUAAAACUGAAGGAUUGGCCUCCGGCUAAUACUUUUGAAGAAUGUUUGCCGAGGCAUGGAGCUGACUUUUUUGCUAUGCUUCCGUUUAGCGAAUACACUCAUCCUAGACAAGGUCUUCUAAAUUUGGCCACUAAGCUCCCCGAUACUGCCUUGAAGCCAGACUUGGGACCUAAAACGUAUAUUGCUUAUGGAUAUCAAGAAGAGCUUGGGAGAGGUGAUUCUGUCACUAAGUUGCAUUGUGAUAUCUCUGAUGCGGUCAACAUAUUGACUCAUACAACCAAAGCAAAAGUUGAUCACAAGCAACAUGAAAUCAUUGAGAAACUAAGGAAGCAACAAGAGGUUGAAGAUUCAAAGGAACGUUGUCCAGGCAUAGCUGAGGCUCCAGAUUCUCAUCAAAGAUCUGACGAAACUGAAACUAAAGACUUUUAUUCUCAGGAAAGCACUGAUGAUAACGAAAGUUGCUUGCCAGAAACCAUGGACAAGGGGAAAGAUAUUGAUAACGGAGAAAAUAUAAUUUCCGAAAGGGAUUACAAUGAUAUAUCUGGCAGAAUUUCUCUACCCAAUGAGAUAAACCCAAGUACCAAUGCCUUGGCACUAGCAGAAGCGAAUGUAGCUCUCGAAAUCAAGCAAGAUUGUGCAGAAAUUGAAUGUGGGGGUGCAGUAUGGGACAUCUUUCGCAGACAAGAUGUACCCAAGUUAAUAGAAUACUUGCAGAGGCAUUGGAGAGAAUUUCGCCAUUUUAACAAUGCUCCUGUGGCUUCAGUUAUUCACCCUAUCCAUGAUCAGACAUUUUUUUUGGAGGAGAAGCAUAAAAAACAGCUGAAGGAGGAGUUCAACGUUGAGCCAUGGACGUUUGAGCAGUACCUUGGUGAAGCUGUUUUUAUUCCUGCAGGAUGUCCUCAUCAAGUGAGAAAUAGACAGUCAUGUAUCAAGGUUGCUGUUGACUUUGUAUCCCCGGAAAAUGUUCAAGAGUGUAUUCGCUUGACGGAGGAGUUUCGCAUGCUACCCAAAAGCCACCGAUCUAAGGAAGAUAUAUUGGAGGUGAAGAAGUUGGGGCUUUAUGCUGCUAGUGUUGCUGUUGAUGAAGCCACAAACCUGUUGUCAAAACUAAAUGCACCUCAAUCUCGUGAUGAAUUGCAACAGCUAGAACAUGCUACCGGAACUGAGAGCUCUAUUGCAGAAGGCCUGGAUAUGGGAUCCACCAGCUGUAGUAACCAAGACUGAAGGCUGUUCUUGUUAAAUAUGAAGAUUUUGAAGUUUUAGAGAAUAUUUAUUUGAUUCUAAAUCUUUUGAUUGGAUUGUGAGGCAUUUCUGUUUUUGUAUACUUUUUUUCGUCUCUCAAAAAUAAUCCCUUGAGGCAUUCUUUUAGAUGUACAAAAUUUUACUUUAUUGGCGGAG